AUGUUUGAAUGGGUACCAGGUUGGUUAUGGUGGUUUUUGGGAUUAUAUGCAUCCAUUCCAUUGGUUUGUUAUAUAGUUGUCCCUUACAUCUUUUACGCUGAUAAAUCCACGAAGAAGAGAAUUAUCAUUUAUGUUCUAGGUGAUCUCGGACAUUCCCCACGUAUGUGCUAUCAUGCUCGUAGCUUCAGCAAACUUGGCUGGCAAGUGGAACUAUGUGGCUACAUUGAGGAAAAGCCACCGGUAGACAUUAUAGAAGAUCCAAAUAUAACGAUACAUGAGCUCCCUCAAUGGCACUGCGAUAAAAAGCAGGCUUUUCUGGUGGAGGCAAUUCGCAAGGUUUUGUUCCAGAUAGGUGGAAUUGUCAAGAGUCUUUGGAUUUUAAGAGGUAGUGAUUAUAUUUUGCUACAAAACCCUCCUAGUAUUCCUAUUUUACCGCUUGCAGUCAUUUUCAAGAUUCUAACUCGUAGCAAGCUCAUUAUUGAUUGGCAUAAUUUUGGAUACUCAAUUCUGCAAUUGAAAGUAGGAUCUUUCUGGCAUCCAUUGGUGUUGAUUUCUUUCUUAAUUGAGUAUUUCUUCGCUAAGUUUGCUAAUAUAAAUCUUACGGUUACAAAAGCUAUGAAGGACUAUCUAACUAAUACCUUCGGUAUCUCAGCAAAAAAAAUAGUGGUGCUCCACGACAGACCAGCAACACAAUUCAAACCCUUGGUGAAAGGGAGAAUAGAAGCUCUACAGCAAGAUUUUAUUAAAAGUCUCAUCCCAAGCGAUUUUGACGUUUCCAAAGGCGAUAAGAUUCUCGUCACUUCAACAUCUUUCACACCUGAUGAAGACUUGUCCCUUCUGAUUGGUGCUCUAAAAAUUUACGAGAAUUCAUAUAAAAAGUUUGAUAACGGUCUGCCUCGAAUUCUUUGCUUCAUAACGGGCAAAGGACCUUUGAAACAGACGUACGUUGAUAAGGUGAACGAAGAAGAAUGGGAUCGUGUUAAGAUUGAAUUUGUUUGGCUCUCCGCAGAUGAUUAUCCAAAGUUACUGCAACUUUGUGAUUACGGUGUUUCAUUGCACAUGUCAAGCUCAGGAUUGGACUUACCAAUGAAAAUCUUGGAUAUGUUUGGAUCGGGACUUCCAGUCAUCGCGUUUAAUUAUCCGGUACUCGACGAAUUAGUUCAGCAUAACGUGAAUGGAUUAAAGUUUUUGGAUAGAAGAGAAUUGCAUGAGGCGUUAAUUUUUAUAGCAAAAGAUAAAAACGUUGGCGAUACGUUGAAGCAGGGUGCAAUGCUGGAAUCUGAAAAUAGAUGGGAACAGUCUUGGGAACAAGCAAUGCAAGAAGCAAAGCUAUUACAUUAA